CAUUAAGUAACAUGUGUAUAUGGUCUUUAUAGUAAAUAAACAGCUAUGAAGCUUUUAAAAAGAAAUUUUUUUGGUUUGAUGAGUUAGCGAGUAUUAACGAUUCAUUUUUUAAUAUUAUUUUUUGUUUGUUUUGAGAAUCUCUAAAGACGAUAAUGUGUUUGAUGAAGAAGUUGUGUCUCUUAAUCGCAACAUUAAUCACUGGGAUGAUAGGCGUCGGCAUGAUUAUACUCGGGAGGAAGAAAAUGAACGAAGUUGUCUUUCUUGACGCUUUCCUCGAAGAUCAUAUUCAUAUAGGAAGGACUUUUAUCAGCUUGGGGUUUGUACUUUUCGUUAUAGCUUCCAUCGGCCUGGUCGGCUUGAUAUGCCACGUCAGCCUCUUGCUCCAAAUAUACGCAUGUCUGAUGUUGGCGAUGGUCGUAACACAAAUCGUGGUCGGCGUUGCUGUAUUUUCGCGCAUGGAAAGUAUCAAACAGGCUCUCUAUAAGACACUAGAGGAAAAGUUCAGAACCUAUGACGAGCACAAAGCGGAAAUAGACAAACUACAGUCGGUCCUGUUAUGCUGCGGUAUGUCCGGCCCUAAAGAGUGGAAAAUAAAGGAACUACCACCGUCUUGUUGCGGCCAGACAUCAGGUAGUUGUUCCGUAAAGUCGGCGUACACUGCUUCUUGCUCCGUCAGGGCAAAACAAACAGUCAAAAUCGGCAUCUAUUUCGUGGGUAUCCUUUUCUUAAUUCUCGUCCUGUUUGAAACGAAAUGUGUCAUUUUAGCCUGUUGCUUGAGCGAUUUAUGUGCCUUGUGUUCACUUUGUGCGGGAUGGGGAACACCGCCAGAGAAGCCGCAACCCGAGAAGCCGCAACCCGUAACCAAAACGCCGUCACCGUCGUCCACCGACUCAAAAGAUUCUACUUCAUCAGAAGAAAACGAGGAAAAAGAAAAUGAGGUCGCAAGAAGUGAAUCCAAACAUAAAAAAUAAAAACACAUUAAAAACAAAAGGUUCUUUUUAAUCUGUAAAAUGGUUGGAUUGUUCAAAAAUUUCAUGUGGAGGUGAUCGACAAUAUGACAAACAUAUUAUUACUUCCAGUAACAUAUGUGAUAUACAUAAUUCCUUUACUAUUUUUACUUAUGUUGUUUUAGGUUGUAGCAAAAAAUUUCAGGGAGUAAAUCUCGUUUUUCUAGCUAAUUUUGUACAACGCGUUGAGGAAAGCAAUUAUCGAUCGAGGCAGUUCGUUCCCGAGUCUGGGUAUGUUGUGUCUAUUUCGGAAUCUACGUGUCGAGGCAAUUUUAGAAAGGGCAAGUGAAACAAGGAUUUUAUUUAAGGAUUUGAAAGGAUGUCAUUUGGGUCUGGUGGCACCCGGGGCUCAUCGAUGAGCAGGCGAUAAGGCCUUCUAUUAAACAAAUCAGUUUAUUCAUGUCGUCGUGAAAUUUGAUUCGUACGGACGUUAUUCCUGGCUUGUUUUCUUCUGAUUUUCGUGGAUUCUAGUUAUUUUCAUAUUUUCAGCCAUCAACAAAUUCGUUCCUCUGUACUGUCUAACCAAAUGUCACGAGAUUUAAGCCGGCUCCGCGUAAAAUGAUUUUUUUUAACAAUUAGAACAUGUUACGAUAGUGUCAUGAACCGACG